AUGGACGAGGACCUAUGGGCUGCCCUUAAGAAAGAGAUUGAGUUACUGAGAAGACAGGUGGCACUCCUGGGAGAUACUGCCAGCAGUGGGGGAGGAGGAGGAAAGACUGAUGCCUUCAGCCCCCAAGAGGCGGGGCGGACCGGGGAGCGGCGGAGGCCGGGAGAGCCGGCAGCCGGGGCGCCCCGGGGGUGUGUGUGUGUGAGGGCGGGGGAGCCAUGCGCGCGGCCGGCCCCUCUUCUGGUCCCGGGGGAAGCGGCCGUUGCUUUUUCCCGCAGGCACCCCACUUUCUUGCCCAUCGGCCCCUCCUCCGGGACUCAGCCCCCUGCGUGUCACCCUCCCUCAGUGCGGAGAAACCAACUUGUGCCUGGCGCGGACCGGACACAAGGGCCUCUCUCUCGGGCUCCGCGGCUUGUACCCACCGGCUGGGCUACGGACGACGUGCGUCCGCGGCUGCGGGGGAAGUUGUUACCUGGGCCGGACGCGCGGAGCGCUGCGUCGGGUAAUGGAGCUUGGAAGGCGCGCUCGGUCUCAGGUGGACGGCUGGUGGGGGAGGGGGCGGACGGUCCCACGGACGCUCGGUCCGCUGCUCGCGCUGCAGCUGCAGUUUGUUUAUUUGUACCGUUCCUGUGGCGAGAGGAGCGAGACUUGCCGGCACGGGGGCGGCGGUCACCGGCGAAGUUCCCCUCCUGGCGACUCCGUACCUGUUUGUAUAGUAGUGGGCGGCAACGACCCUGUCGCGGGCUGCAGCCCAGGCUAUGUAAGGAAUUUCGCGUAGGUUUCUGACGGAGGUGCUCCUUUUGGCUCCUGCGUUAUUUUUCAAACGAGUUUUUAGGAGUGGGCCAAUAAACGCGCCUGUAAUUGGGAUCGCUGUACCUUCCAGAAAAAUGAGGAAAUGUGUGUAUGAGUGUAAACUCUCUGGCGCUCCCCGCCCCCCAGACCUACCUGGCUCCCUUUCUCCCUCCCUUCUGGGAUGCGAAACAGAAAGGUUUUCUUACCUGUCCUGGUGGUUUUAGAUUUUGUGUGGGAUUUCCUGUCUAGAAGCAGAUACCAAGAUUUUAGCUGUUUCUUGAUGUUUCCUUCCAGUCGUAAACAUUUGUAAUACACUGGGCUGACACUGAAGUCACUGCUUUCAUAAGUGAUUUUUUAGUUAUUCGAAUAAACAUUUGCUUUUUGAAGACGUCUGUUAGGAUUGAUAACUCAUAUUUGGUAUCAUUGUGGAGAGAUGACACCUUACGGCAGAGUGGCGCACAGGCCAUUGCAAUUUAAUCUCCUGUUUUAGCGUUAAAUACUGUGUGUUCUGUAUUGAGCUGCAGCCGCUAUUGAUGUGGCUGGCUUUAGGAAAGGUAAGUUGGUUGGUGAGGGCUGUUCACUCUUUACCUUACUUAAAAUGUUCAUCGCUAGAUAAAGGGGAUUUUCUUGUUGCUGACGACACUUGCGUGACAUGUGAGUCUGAAUCACCCCAGCAGCGUCUGUGCAGCUACUUAAAUAUGUUUACUUGAACAGGAAAGAAUGGAUUUUUCUUCUAAAGACCCUGUAAUAUGAACACACCCAUAAGGCAUAUCAACAGAUGACUUGAGGGAAAAAAAGCUAUCCUGAAAGGUACUUGGAAUCAACAGGAAAAAGAGGUUCUUGAUCGCUGCAGCAAAUGGCACCUUGUGCAGGUAGAAAAAAGAUGGUGUUGAGUUUUCUCCUGCUUGUAUGUGAGGCCCCCUCUGUCUGCUGCUUUCAUUCUUGAGGGAGGAAUUGAUUUACCACCCUUGCUGUCAGUAUUUUUCUUUUGUGUUUAAUAUUAGAAGAACAGAUUUGGGGCUGUUUAGCACAAAAUAUUUUGUCUGCAGUAUGGGUUACUCUCGGAAAACAAAAGGUAUUUUAAGAUAGCACUGUACUACUACAGGUACCUUCCAUUUUCACCACUUUUGGCUCUGUGCUUGUAUUUCUUUUUGUUCUCAAAUCAAUUUCAUCCAGUGCUGAUGAUUACAGCCAUGCUAUUUGAGGUAAGCCUCAUAAUCUGCAAAUUAAAAAUGGUUAUAUGCCACUGUGUUCUGAAGCAUUAGGAUAGGUGCUGGUUAAUAUUUCUUAGCAGUGCAAUCAUAUUUAAGUUGCAGCUGUUUAUUGAAGAGAAUUGCUUGGGAAAAAUGUUAGCUCUUGUCUUUUUAAUGAUGGUUAAUGAUGUAUACAGUGACAGAUAGUUGAAGAGAUACUUUAUGCUGUUACUUAUAUGUAAAUAUUUUUAAAUUCGUUUUAAAAUAAGGUAUGCAGAUUUUACUGCUAAGCCUCCCGUAAAAUAUUUUAAUUUCCUUUCUGGAAUAUAUCUGCAGUUUAGGAUAUUAAUGGGAGAAUCAAGUAAUGUAAUUUGACAAGUGUAAAGCAAGUGAGCAUGGUUUGGCCAAAGCAUCAAACCGUACGUAGUAACUUGAUGGUAAUGAUGUUAGUAAUCUAUAAAGGAGUGGUAUUUAAAUUGCUUAAAUCGAUUUUUACCAUUUAUAAUGUAAUGCUUUGCUUGUUGUAUUUUAAAAAUCUGUCUUCUCCUUUUCUGCUUAUACUCUGUGUGUGGUUCUCUUUCUUCCUUUUUUUUUUUUUGAGGAAGUUAUUCUAGCUACUAAUGACCACAAUCUGAUUACUUUACUUUAGAUGGACUAGCAGGUACAUAUUUUUCUGUUAUUUACACCAUUUCUGCUUGCUGUCUUUGGAAACCACCAGUAGAGGAUGCUAAAACAAAAGUGAUGUUUGGUGUAGUAGUACCCUCAGUCCCUGUCUCCUGUUGAUUGGGACCCCUGCAUGGAUAGGGAUGCUUGGUGUAAUUCUGAGUCCUACUGAUGUGUAAAAUUAGCCCUGGGUCAAUUAGGCAUAUGUAUUUUCUAGACAGUAUACUAAGACUGGAAAGAAGUAGGAAUGUUUUAGUUUGGACGUUUUUAUAAAUUUGAGUUUUAUAUAUCCUGAAAUUGAGAUCGUUAUCACUUUAGUCUCGCUUUAGACCGGAUGCAUUACUGCUGUAUAAAAAAAAAAAAAGAGGUUUAUGGUGUUAGGUUUGGAGAAGAAUAUGUUAAUGAUUGGCCUGUA